UAUAAUUUUAAUGAUCUUUAAUGAUUGAGUAGUUUUAAACUUUUUAUUUCUUUAAUAAUUUUCUCAACCUCGUCCUACAUUGGCCACGGUACAAACAACACAGUUGACAGAGGGGAGAUAUAAGUUUUGAGUUCGUGAAUAGAAUUCAGGUGUCAGCCCCAGAAUACUUAGAGAGAAACUAAAACAGAGAGAGAGAGAGAGAGAGAGAGAGCGCGCGCACAGUAUCUCUCUCUAUCAUUUUUAUUCUAAUCUCUCUCUCUCCCCAUCUACUUUUUAAACCAGAAUUUCUUUUCAUUCCAGGUGUCCAUUCAUCUGACGAGAAUGGGAAGUAAUGUUGCUGAUAAAAUUCCGAAAGCUGGUGAGGCGGAAGGUUCGGAAACAAAUAUUGAAAUAAAAAUAAAAACAUUGGAUUCUCAAACCUAUACUUUGAGAGUGGAUAAACAGAUGCCAGUUCCUGCUUUGAAAGAACAGAUUGCUUCUGUCACUGGUGUGCUAUCAGAACAACAACGUCUAAUAUGCCGUGGAAAAGUUUUAAAAGAUGACCAAUUACUCUCUGCCUAUCAUGUUGAAGAUGGUCACACCUUGCAUAUGGUGGUUCGGCAACCUAUACCGCAAUCAUCUGAGGGCUUAUCCAAUCAUCCAGGCAAUGAUCCUGCAUCAGGUUCAAGCCGCCACACUGGUCAGGUGGCUCCCAGUGUUGUAAUAGAAACUUUUAGUGUGCCUGAUCAAGGGGAUGGAGUUCCUCCAGAAAUCAGUAGGAUUGUCUCUGCUGUCCUUGGAUCUUUUGGGUUUUCAAAUAUCGAAGGUGGCAGUGAAGGGGUAGAUGUUGUCAGGGAGCGUGGUAUGUCAAGAACAUCAGCUGCUGGUGGUAGCACAGACACAAGCCAGCUGCAAUCUGAACAAACUGGCACCAGGGGCCUGUCUGACAGAGCACAAAAUAUUUUUGGGCUUCCAUCAGCAGUUUCCUUGGGGUCAAUGAAUCCUCCUGUAAUUCCUGACUCUCUGACAACAUUGUCCCAAUAUCUGAGCCAUAUGAGGCGAGAAUUUGAUGCCAUUGGCAGAGGCGGGGAAAACAAUGCACAAGCAGAUGCUGCACGCAGGACUGAGCAAAUAGAUUCUAAUUCCAUGUCACAAUCAGGAACUGGACAAGAAAGGCUUCCAACACCUGCAUCCUUGGCAGAAGUGAUUCGGUCUAGUAGACAAUUACUCACCGAACAAGUUGCAGAAUGCUUACUUCAACUUGCCAUGCAACUAGAGAAUCAAGCAGAUAUUACUGAUCCUGCACUGCGACACACCACUCAGUCUAGUGCAUUGAGAACUGGAGUCCAACUUCAUAAUUUAGGUGCUCUUCUGCUUGAACUUGGACGUACAAUCAUGACAUUACGACUAGGUCAAGCACCGUCUGAAGCCAUUGUUAAUGCUGGCCCUGCAAUUUUUAUCAAUCAAUCUGGUCCUAAUCCUCUAAUGGUUCAGCCCCUUCCUUUUCAACCGGGGACUAGCUUUGGUGCUAUCCCUGUGGGAUCCAGGCAACCGGGAUCUGGUUUGGCUAAUAGUACUGGUACUGGUACUGGGAUUCUUCCAAGGCGAAUUGAUAUACAAAUACGAAGAGGUUCAUCAACUGCUACUCCCAACAAUCGUGAGGACCGUGGUCAGACACAGCAGACUGCUGGGCUGAGAAACCCACCAACCAUUUCUGGUGGUGAAAAUCCUAGUAAUCAAACAACUUCAAGGGUCUCAGAGGGUUCAUCUUUUGCUGGGGAGGCUGUACGAGUGGUGCCUCUUAGAACCGUGGUUGCAGCCGUUCCUGGCACAUUUGGCCGCCUUCCUUCUGAUUCGUCUGGUAAUUCUAUAGGUCUGUACUAUCCUGUUCUCGGAAGAUUUCAACAUGUAGCUUCUGGGCAUGGGAAUGGUGGACAAGGAUCUCAAGCAUCUGGUGAGCAUCAUGCUGCUGGGGUCCAGACUGACCAGCCGCCAACCCUUGAACCUGCUGUACACCGGCAAAACACCGAACAACGCACAAGAGAUGGAUCACUGCCACCAAAUUCAAGACAAGAGCCUUCUAUUUCUCGCAGUAUAAGUAUCAACAUUCUGUCAGCUAGUGGGUCCCAAAACAACCUGGAUUCUGAGCAACCUAUCCCCAGCGGUAUUAUGCAGCUCCUGAGGGCCAUCUUACCUGGCGAUGUCCACAUGGAGGAUGCCAGCUCACGAUUAACAGCUACUAGUUCUGUCCUUGAGACUGCAGAACCAUCUACUGCUACUGCAGAAGCGGAAGCGGAAGCGGAACCAAGAGCUACUGAUGAGGGGAUAUUUUUGUCUAAUCUGCUUCGUGAGAUCAUGCCCCUCAUAUCUCAAAGUGGUGGCGCAGAACCCAAUGACAUACCUCCAGUAGAAGCACGCAGCUCUGGGCAUCAGAGGCCUCAAGAUUCUUCAACCAAUGCCGAAAACUCUGGUGUUGGAACAUCUCAUCGCUAUAGUGAUACUGAACCAAGCCCACCAAAUUCAAAACGCCAAAAGACUGAGUGAUUUAUCUUAUUAUCUUUGGACAAAGGAUUCAAGUGCUGAAGUUGUGAUUAUGAUCUCAGACAGCUAAGAAUAACGCGUUUCUUCUAUAGGUGAAUGGCGGUUGCUCUUAUUUUUUCUAUUCUGUGUAUCAUGACAAUGAUGGUUGGACAUUUUCUCGAGUUAACUGUCAACUAGUUGAGAUGGAAUACUUAGUUUCCGUAUUAUACCAUUACAGCAUUGUAUACUUUGGAGUCUUUAUCUUCUAUAGGCAAAUUAGCUUCAACUGUUUUUCAA